GUAUUAAAGUAUAACUUAAAGUAUUGGAACUUAAAGUUAAAGUAUUGGAAUAAAACUUAAAGUAUUGGAAUCUAUUUUUGUGUUUUUAAGCGCAUUUGAAUGUUUAAUUUAUGUUUAUUCCAUUGUCCCUAUUUUGUUUUCAUUUGGUUAUAAUACUUACUUAUACUUAUACUUACUUAUAAAGUUUGGAAUUUUGAAAGGCCACUUGGCCUCAAGGAUCCGGUCCUAUCGAGCUCCUUACUGACUCAGUGUCCUGACUCAGUCGUUAAGCCCAUAAUAUUGUUAAAAAGAUACUAUAUAAGUACCCAAACAAAUUCAGAGUUUCUAAAUAAUUCAGAAAUUUAAUGAGCAAAUAUAAUUUUGCAAUUAUGAUUAAAUAGUGUGUUUCAAUACGACAAUAAGCAAGACAGUUGACUGUUGAGGUUUGACAGGCACAAUACCUAGUCAAUAUGCACCGAUCAAAGUCACACUUUUGGAUAAUGAUUGCUGAUGUUUGCCUGUUUUGCAUGUUUUAAACAAGCUGACAUGCCAUUAUUUGUAUAUUUAUUAUGGUGUGGUGCUGACCUGUGGUACCCUUGCUUGCAUAAGCAUUGUUUAUCAUUCACAACCAAAAAUGAGCCAGCACUGACAGACGACACCAGCACAGCUGAUGACAUGGACAUGAACUACCAGCCGCUCUCCCACACCUCUAGCAAUGGUCCGGACAUCGACAGCUGGGAAGAACUGCAGUUUGAAGGUCUGGUGGGCCCACAGCCGGCGGCUCGCGACUCGGCCGGCAGAGGCUCCGGCCCGGGGUCGCCGGAUCGGCCGCGCUCGCGCUCCGACCCCAGCGCGCUGAUGCUCUCCUCGUUCCUGUCGGGUAACUCGGCCGUGCUCGAUCUGGACGUGGACCAGCUGCAGACCAAAAUCCGCGGCGUGCUCCUGGAGAACACCCGGCUGCGCGACUCGAUCCGCGACAGCUCGGCCUCGCUGCGCCGCCAGUGCGAGGCGCUGCUCGCCUGGCGUGACGAGUGCCAGCGGCUGCGCGAGGAGCGCCGCCAGGUGGCCGUGCACUGCCAGCGCGCGCGGGACGUCAUCACCCAGCUGCGCGAGGAGAACGCCGACCUGCGCCAGCAGCUGGCGCAGCAGCCGCCGGACGCGCCCGGCCGCGAGCCGCAGCAGGCUGAGCCGCCGCAGGACCUGUGCCGGCGCGGCGAGUCGCCCGGCCCGGCCGGCGCCGAGGUGGCACUGCGUUCGCAGCUCUCCCAGCAGGCGGCCGAGCUGCGAAACAGUCAGCGCGAGGUGGCGCGCCUGCAGUCGAAACUGGCGCGCCAGGAGGCCGAGCUGAGCUCCUACCGCCAGGUGGCGCCGGCGGCGGGCCCUCAAUCAGCGCCGCCGUCGCCGGAGCUGCAGCGGCUCAAGGACGAGGCGGCCCAGCUGCGGCACAGUCUGGAGAGCGAGCGCCGCCAGCGGCAGGAGCUGGCCGCCUGGCUGGCCGGCGACCAGCAGUACACGCCCGUGCUGGAGACGCUGCGCCAGGCCUCGGAGCGGCUGAGCAGCGGCCAGGCGGCGCUGGACGCGCACGCCGCCCGGCUGGCCGACGCCGGCCGCGCGCUGGACUCACUCUCCGAGCGGCUCCCCGGCCUGGCCGUCUCCGAGGAGUCGCCGGACCGGGUGGCGGCCGAGCUGGCGGCGCUGCGGGCCGAGCUGCAGCAGUUGUCGGCCGCCGCUGUCGAGGACACCGCCGACGGCGGCGAGGCGGUGUCGGCCUGGCGCCGGCUGAGGGACCUGUUCAACAGCGUGGCCUCUCGCUGGGAGGCCGACGUGGCCGGCCCGGACCCGGCCGGUACCAGCCAGCAGGUGCACACCGACGGACUGCAGGCGCGCAUCCUCUCCAUGGAGGAGCUGCUGGGGGCGCGCGGCACCGAGUGCGAGCGUCUCCAGCGGCAGGUGCUGCAGCUGCGCCGCGAUCUGCAGGCGAUCGACAUCCUCAAGGCGCAGGUGGACGUCUACCAGCAGGACUUUAAUCAGGAGCGCCGGCAGCGCGAGCAGAUAGCCCUGGAGCGCGACCACCUGCGCAACGAGCUGGCGACGCAACAGACGCGUCUGCGCCACCUCCUGGCGCGUCAGCAGUCGGCGACUCUGACGACGACCGCGGACAGCGUGGAGCCUUCGCGGCCGCCGCCGCCUCCGGCCGCCGGACCGGAUCCCGACGUCCAGUCCACCGUCUACUCGUGUCCCAAAUGCGACAUGGCGUUCCAGGACUUGGAGCCGCUGCAGAACCACGCCAACCGCUGUCUGGACGGCGACUAGAGCCGAGUCUGGUCCGGUGCUGUCCUGGAGCGCGGACAGUGGGCCGGGAACCGCUGUCUGGACGGCGACUAGAGCCGAGUCUGGUCCGGUGCUGACUGGGAGCCCGGGCAGUGGGCCGAUGCCUGUUGCUCCGGCGGCACAGCUCGGGCGUCGGAUGCCUUACCGCGCCACCUGACGACCGGCCAGAGGUGCUGGCCUCCCCACAGAGGGCGCCGGCUGCCGUGGGAUGCGACCGAACGUGAGUGUUCCGAGAUUUUGCUACUUAAACGACCGCUUGUAGUUGCCGCUAGUGUCCGUUUCAUGCAAUAUGUGCUAUAUGAGCAGAGUUGGGGGGAGUCUCUUAGUCCGCGGCCUUUGAUUCAAUGACUCUAAUUGUCACUGAGUUAAUUAAUGAAAACCAGUGGUUUGAUGGUAGGAUAUACUAUGAUAAGCACAUAAAUUUGGCAGCCCCCCCCCCCCCGAGGUUCGACCAGUGUUCGAAUGGGCAUUUUCGGGCACUGGGCUACUGUGUCUCCGGUGUGGUGUGAUCAUUUGUGGCCUUGCCCGUAAAUCGUUUUGGAAAUGAUUCACUUUCCAGUCUAACUGAUAAGAUGCCUUGCCUUCAACUCAGUCCAGUUUCCGGACAUAAGCUCGCUUCUUUUUGAGUUGAUGGGUGCCUCUAGUUAAGGUUUACUGGUUUAGAAUUGCAAUGAAGUUAAGUGAUUUUAUCCGUUAUAGCUUUGCUCGUAGAUUCCGUAUCGAAAUGUAGUUUUGCUUUUACGAUAAGGUAUGUGCCAUUACGUAUUUUACCAAGUAAUGCCACCCCCAACGGGUGACUCACAAAGACCGAAAUUCAGCCUCUAUUUCGGUCGUUGUGAUAGUGAUUGUGAUUGUGAUACUUGUGGGCAACUAUAUGAGCGGACAAAUGUAAUAGAUGAUGAAUGAAGCAGGUACGAUGUAGAAAUGCGUGGUCUACGCAGCCUUACCACCAGUCGCCUUCGGGAAAGGACGUGGAGAGUUAGAAAUAAAUUAGCCGCGACUUUCUAUGUAGGUAUUUUAGCAUUUUCUCAGUGUUUAUGUGCGUGUUGUAGAAUGAUCAACAACUAUGCUAGUUACUAACAUUCUAAAAUGAAUGCUUAUUUUGUUAUGCAAUAUGUGUCACAAAAAUACAUUGUAAAGCAAUCAAA